UAAUGAACUAACAAAAUGAAUUUGUGUGCAGUUGGCGGUAUGAAUCGGCCGUCCAAAGCUGUGACCCAAGUGAAGAAAGUGGCCCCACCAGCUGUACCCGAUGUAUUUCGACAUUCUGGUUCUUCCUUCGGUUCUGCUGGAUACGCAAGUAGUGAAGAUAGUUGUUUCCUGCCCGGAAGUGGACCAGGAACAACCGAUGAAAGUUCUUACGGUGUGCCAUCUGGGAAAAGUCCGGGGCCUAUUUUUACCCAUCCUGGGUUUGCCUUUCCACCAGUUGUUGGCAAAUAUGCCCAUGCUGAAGAUCAAGGAAUUGAUAUGACUCAAAGUCCUGGAAGAGAUAGCCCAGGUAGUUCAGGAUCAGGUUCAGGUUCCAGGCAUUCUACCGCUUCAUUAGAUUCUGGAAGAGCUUCUGGAUAUCAUUUAGGUCCUAGAGGACCUGGUGCUCUUGCUUCAUCUCCCAGAUGUUCUAUAAGUUCACUUGGCAGUCAUCCCGAUAGACCAGCGGAUCUUGACGUUGUGCAUGCUUGGUUGACUGAACUCCAAUUCGAGGAAUACUUUCCUUUGUUUGCUUCCGCUGGUUAUGAUUUAGCUACUAUUACACGUAUGACACCAGAAGAUUUGACAGCAAUAGGAAUUAAGAAACCUAAUCAUCGAAAACGCUUGAAAGCAGAAAUAGAUAAUUUAAAUAUAGGAGAUGGUUUACCAGAGCAUAUUCCUGGUUCAUUAGAAGAAUGGCUUAGACUUCUACGACUCGAAGAAUAUCUUGGAGCUCUUCACCAACAGGGUAUGCGUUCAGUAGAAGAUGUAACAACUCUCACUUGGGAAGAUCUCGAAGAUAUUGGUAUUGUGCGUCUCGGCCAUCAGAAAAAAUUAUUAUUGGCAAUUAAAAGAGUUAAAGAUAUUCGCGCUGGUAAACGUAUACAGCCGCUUGAUCUCGCACGAUUACCACCACAUCCUGGACAAACACAGGAUGUAGUUAUUCAACGAGGAGGUCCUGACUUGCCAUCUCCUGAUGAGGAUUGUUCUUCACCUGUUUUGAGGUCUUUCCAGAGAGGAGGAAGUGAUACGACAUCUGGAGCUACAUGGAGAAGUAUGUAUGCAGCUUUACCAGCAGAUUAUAAUAUUGUUGGUCGAACUGGUUCACGAGGAAAAUCUUUAGAAAGUUUAGAGGAUGCACCUCUUGGAUAUCCUCCAUCACCAGCACCUUCUGCACAUCCACAACCAAUUGAAUGGCGUCCACGUAGUUUUGAAGAUGGCGACCUAACUCCUACAAAUGAUACUUUCGUAGUGGAUGCAGGUGGAGGAACUCUUCCACGACCAAGACAUUGUCUUGUUCGUCCACGACCAGUAGCAAAGGUCACUGCAACUCCAGGACAAUUUAAAUCAUUACCAAGAGAUUUUGAUAACAAAUAUCAAUUGACUUAUGGACUUGAAAGUAGUCCACAUUUUCCAAAACGUUGUCCUCCAUCUCCUCCAAGACGUCAAAGUUCCAGAGAUAAUAAUGCUUCUGGUGUAGGUGUUGGAGGAUCAGGAAUUGGCGAUGUUGUAAUAGAUUGCAGCGGACCAGUUCCAACUACUUCUUGCGAGGAACAUCAUAUACAUCAUCAUCAUUUAAUUCAUCAUCCUUCUCCUCCACCACCCGCACCCGCACCAGUGCCAUCGACUCCGCCACAAAUAAAUCGACCACCUUCUUCUAUGUCUCGUUCUUGGGGUAGCGUCAGCGUCAAUGUUAAUGAAGAACAUGAAUUAAUAGCUUCUCUUGCAUUACAGCAUCGUAAUGGUUCUGAUGCCAGUUUUAAGUCGAGUUCCAGUACAGAAUCAGAUUCAUUACCAUUUGCAAAUGAGAAUGCUGGAACAAUAAAACAAAGAGCAGUACGCGCACAAGAAUAUACAAGUGGUAAUACUGGCAAUAAUUUGCAAAAUCAUGGAAUAAGCCAUCAUACUGGUGGUAGUGAACCAGCUGAUGUUUUGAAUGAUAUUGGGAAUAUGCUUGCAAAUCUUACUGAUGAACUUGAUGCUAUGCUUGAAGAAGAAAAGCGUCAAGGCUUGAAUUCAUAAUUACUAUGUUCAUUUGUAUCCUUUCUUUCUUUUUCUUUCUUUGUUUUUUUGUUUUGAUUAAUUAAUGUUAUCACAAAGAACGCAAUUUCUAAUAACAAAAGUCGAUAUGAAAAUACAGAUUUUUCACGCUAUGAUAUAUAAUAUGGUAGAUCAUGGGCGCAUACAAUUCAUAAGAUUAAAUAAAUAAAUGUCAUAUAUGAACUCAGCUUGAAAUUUUAACAUGAUAAAAUGUUUGACAUUGAAUGAAUGUUAAACUACAUUUUAUUGUAUUAGUUUACAAGUUAAUAAGUUAUAUUACACAAUAAUAAUUCCUGUUAUAAUUGUAUGUAUAGAUUAAUGUAGUGGAUUGUAUUCUUCCACAUUAUAAUUUUAAUUCUUUA